AUUCGAGAAUAGUUUCCAGAAACGCUUACUAGCUUUAUUCCCUACGCCGUCAGGGAGACCCCUCAGAAAGCAUUGUAUCGUAUCAUACGCGCAGAAUGCUCGAAAUCAAGUGCACGGGGACUCCCUACGAUAUAGGCGUGGCACAUGGCGUCUACGCCAGGGAGAAGAUCGCAGGCUCGAUGGAGUUCUAUACCAGACUGUUCCAGAGAUCAUGCUCCUUGGCAUGGCCCGAGGUAUUGCAAGAAGCGGCAAAAUACGUCGAGCCUCUCGAGCGCAUUGCCCCGCGACAUCUAGAAGAGAUCAGAGGCAUCGCUGAAGGUGCCGGGCUGACAUUCCUCGACAUAUUGGCUCUCAACAUACGCAGUGAAAUCACCUUUGGGCUCUUCACCGACGUCGCCGCUGGUAAUAAUAGCCUCGCCAGUGUUCCGAGCGACGGCUGCACAAGCCUCGGCUGGCUGACGGCCUCGGGGCCCUCGUUCCUCGCGCAGAACUGGGAUUGGGAAGUGGAACAGACGCCGAACCUCCUCGUAUGUCACGUCUCGCAACCGGGGACUGACAUCCCGAACUUCUCCAUGGUGACUGAGGCCGGCAUCAUUGGCAAGAUCGGGCUCAACGCCGCGGGUGUCGGCUGCUGCCUGAAUGCCAUCAAAUGCCACGGCGUAGACCCGUCAAAGCUGCCCAUCCACUUCGCUUUGCGCAAAGUCCUCGAGUCCCCCUCUCGUGCCGCCGCCGUCGAAGCCAUCGAGCGUCUUGGCGCCGCUGGCAGCGGACAUAUCCUCGUCGCGGACGGUACGGGCUCGACAGGACUCGAGUGUACGAGCAAGUGGGUCAAACAGGUAACCAUGGACGAGGCGAAACGGGUAUGUCACACGAACCAUUUACUCUCAGACAAGUCCGAUGUCAACGAGGUGCCUUGGCUGGCGGACUCGCGGCCGCGACUCGCGCGGAUCCGGGAGCUUGCGUCGGGGGUCACGGACCCGAAUCUGGACACUCUAGCCGCCCUCUUCAAAGAUACCGAGGGCUACCCCUGCUCGAUCAAUAGGCGGCAAGAGGGCGAAUCUGCGGCCCAGACACUCUUCACCAUUGUCAUGGAUUUGACUGCGAAGUCGGCCCGGGUUACGUUUGGUCGGCCGACUGAAGUCUACGGCCGGGUUAGCUUGUCUUUCUGAGUGAUGGUUUAGGAGAAUGAAUAGGGGUGAAGGAUGCGUGGUUAUGUUUAUUGGCCCUAGAUUUUGUCAGUCGUCUAGAUCGUCCGCUAUUAGUCUGAGUAUAUCUAGUGAUACUUGAUAAGACGAUCACGGCCUUUAAAUCAAACCGCUUUGAUAACAUUGUUUAAGCGUGAAACUAGCCAGGUUAUCAUAUUU